AUGGCAGCGUCAAAAGGGUUUUGCAUAGUUAUUGUGGCUCUAUUAAGCUUAGCGCUAAUAACUUGGUCUGCCCAUGGAGCUUGGCAAACCCCGCUAAUAACGGCUUCUAUUGGUGCAAGAGAAAUGAUUGAAGAGCUUAAAUCACAGAUUGAUGGUCGUGUUUUGAAACCUAGUGAAGCAGCUCGUAUCCUUGGAGAAGGUCCUAAUUUCGGUGGUAUCCCUGGAGGUUGGGGUGGAUGGGGAGGGGGAGGGGGAGGGGGAGGAGGUGGGAUUGCUGGCCCCGGGUUUGGUGGCGGUGGUCCUGGUAUUUGGGGUUGGGGUAGGGGUGGGGGUGGAGGAGGAGGCGGUUUUGGUCCUGGUUUUGGGAGAGGCGGUGGUGGUGGUGGAGGAGGAGGUGGUCAUGGUCCCAGUUAUGGUCCUGGUUUUGGGGGAGGCGGCAGUGGCGGUGGCGGUGGCGGUAGCGGUGGUGGAGGUGGUCAUGGUCCUAGUUAUGGUCCUGGUUAUGGAAUAGGGGGCGGUGGCGGUGGAGGUGGAGGAGGAGGUGUUCGUGGUCCUAGUUAUGGUCCUGGGAUAGGGGGCGGUGGCGGUGGCGGUGGCGGUGGAGGUGGAGGUGUUCGUGGUCCUAGUUAUGGUCCUGGGAUAGGGGGCGGUGGCGGUGGCGGUGGCGGUGGAGGUGGAGGAGGAGGUGUUCGUGGUCCUAGUUAUGGCCCUGGGAUAGGGGGCGGUGGCGGUGGCGGUGGAGGAGGAGGUGUUCGUGGUCCUAGUUAUGGUCCUGGUUAUGGGAUAGGGGGCGGUGGUGGUGGCGGUGGAGGAGGAGGUGUUCGUGGUCCUAGCUAUGGUCCUGGUUAUGGGAGAGGAGGUGGCGGUGGCAGUGGAGGAGGUGGUGGUCAUGGUCCUAGUUAUGGUCCUGGUUUUGGGAGAGGCGGCGGUGGCGGUGGUGGUGGAGGUGGUGCUCAUGGUCCUAGUUAUGGUCCUGGUUUUGGGGGAGGCGGUGGUGGCGGUGGCGGUGGAGGAGGAGGUGGUCGUGGUCCUAGUUAUGGUCCUGGUUUUGGGAGAGGCGGCGGUGGCGGUAGUGGUGGAGGUGGUGGUCAUGGUCCUAGUUAUGGUCCUGGUUUUGGGAGAGGCGGCGGUGGCGGUGGUGGUGGUGGAGGUGGUGGUCAUGGUCCUAGUUAUGGUCCUGGUUUUGGGAGAGGCAGCGGUGGCGGUGGAGGUCGCGGUCCCAGUUAUGGUCCUGGUUUUGGGAGAGGCGGUGGUGGUGGUGGUGGAGGAGGAGGAGGGGGAGGGGGAGGAGAAAGUAGUCCUAGUGUAGGUUGGGGAUCAUGGCCUUAUUAUGGUCAUGGUAGAAGCGGAGGCGAAGGCAGUAAUGGUCGGGGAAGAGGUCCUAAUUAUGGUUCUGGUGGUGGUUGGGGUGGGGGUGGGGGUGGAGGUGGUGGUGGAAGUGUUGGAACAAAUCCUAGUCUUGGGUACGGUGAAGGUAGUGGAGGUGUUAGAGGGCAUCACGGUGGGGGGAGAGGCAAGGAUUGGAGUUACGGUUGGGGUUGGGGUGAUGGUUGGGGUUGGGGAGAGGGUGGGGGUGGUACGCAACAUGGAUUGCCUCCUUCAAGAGCCCCAUUCCCCCAACAUAUGGAUUGUGUUGGCCCUUCUUGUCACACCUCCCCCCAAUCAAAAGGAUCUCAUAGUUAUAACAACCCCCAAGAAGCCAUGCCACCUCAACCUGCCUAG